CAAGCGCCAAGACAUCCCACCUUUGCCAACUCUCUCGGUCUUUCCCGGAGGAAUCAUGGCUACCGAUAGAGUGGACGACUCCGACAAUGAGGGUCCUAACUCUCUUCUAGCACGCUUUGAACUUAUUGUUACGAGCGGAGGCAAAUUUGUACAUACGAAGACUGGAAGAAUUUAUGUCUUAUCUUCACUUCUAUGGGUUAGCCCCCCUUUUUCGUAAGUGGGAUGUUUUAGCGAGUCAGUUAGAAGAAAGUAGAGGAGAUGGAUUCUGAUGCUUCUGGGAUAUCACCGUCGGACACCCACUUUGCUCACCGCAGCCCUGACACCGCCUUCGCCUCGGUACCGCGGAGACGGCCGCCGGGGGGGAAAGCAUGCUCUCAAUGCCAUAGGCAGAAGCAAAGGUGCAACAAAGGACAGCCAUGCUCCAAUUGUAUUCGGCGUGGCAUUCCAGAUGCUUGUAUAUACCUGAGCCGCCAGGAGCGCAGAACUCGACGACAAAUUGAAGAAACUCCAAUCCCACGACGGGAGUCCCAUCCGGAAACCUCUGCUGCCAGUGCUCUUAGAUUAUUGUUUGAGCCAGUUCACCGCCAGCAGGCAGUACCCUCCAACACCAGGCCGGUGUCUCACCACCUCGGCCGCCUCUUCAAGGCAAGAGGAGCUCCAUCAUAUCACGGAGACUCCUACUUCGGUCACCAGUCUGCUGCCGUGAUGAUGGAAGCCUCAGCUCCUGCGAUGUCGGGAGGUCCAGAUGCUGGUCUCUCACGUCGAGCUCGGACAGGAGAAACUCAACCUUUCAGAAGCGAGCGAGGUCCAUACGCUCACAUUUGGGAGCUAGUUGGAAGCCUGCCACGACAGAAAGCUGUUGUGGACCAUUUAACUAGGAGAUUCUUCGACGAGCUGAAUCCGACAUUUGAUGCCGUCCACGAAGGGACAUUUCAGAUCAGCUAUGCAAAGUUCUGGGACCGCAAGUGCGGCUUUGACGGUUUGUCUUCGAUGGAUGUUCGUUGGCUCUCACUCCUGUUCAUCAUACUUGCCUUUGGCGAACUGCUAGGCUGUGCACAGCCAUGCUCACCUGAAGCUCAGAGAGCUUGCGAAGAAUCAUCUCUGCACUUUUAUUGGUCUGCCAGGAAAGCAGUCGUCAUUGCACCGUCUUUCUUUGGUGAGACUCCCGAUCUCGUCCGGGCCGGAAUUCUCAUUACUCGGUAUCUGAUGUAUACGCGGAGACUGUCAGAAAGUUGGUUGACUAUCUGCUUUGCCGUGCGGAUGGCGCAAGCUCAAGGCAUGCACGUCGACGGAGAGCAACUCGGACUACCUCGCAAGAAUACGGAAACCCGGCGAAGGCUAUGGAGCCAGCUCUACGUUCUGGAGCGAAUGAUUGCUCUGGCCUUGGGACGUCCGAACACAAUAAAUGAUAGACAUUGCGGGUUCACAGAGGCUGUGAACAUAUGGGUUGACGACAUGACCAACGAGGAUGCCAGGAAAGCUGUUCCCAAGUCAUUCGACGAGCCAACUCCAGCAACAUUCAGCGUCUUCAAUCGCCAACUUGCAAUUAUCGUUGGAAACAUUCAAGAAGAGUGCUUCUCACUGUUUGCGAUCUCACACGAUACCUCCUACGACGAGAUUUUGGAGCAUGAUGUACGUCUCCUAGCAUGGAAGGACAAACUUCCUUCGUACUUCAGGCUCGAAGAUCCGGAUACGUCCCAUGACGCCCUGCAACCAUACAUUGCUUGGCACCGCCUGUACCUGCACGCUGCCUACCAUUUCACAAGGAUUACUCUUCAUCGUUCAUACCUCCUUCGAACUUCAUUUACGGGUCGGUAUCAAUAUAGUCGAGCUGCCUGCUUGUCCUCUUCUUGCGCAGACCUGCGAACCAAGCUCGCAUUCCGAAAUCCAAGCAUGGGUGACCGACUACGAUACAACAUCUCUGUGCAUCAAUUAUUCAACACCGCUCUCAUUUUAGGUGUCAUCGUUGUUCGCGAUCCGCAUGGUCCGCAAACGGAGCCGAUCCUAGAUGACUUGCAAGCGUAUUGCAGCAAGCAGAAUUCAGACACUUGGGCCAAUGAUUUUGAUCUUGCUGAGGUGAGGGUGAUAGAGCUUUGCAUCUCGCGGGCUCGGCAGAGCAGGAAUCAAGGUCCGGGAUUUACUGGGAACAGGACAACGACGUCUUUGAUCGAGUCAAGUCAAACAUUUUCAGCUGCCACUGCUCAUCCGUUGACACUGGAGUAUGUCGCGAAUCCGGUACACCAAGACCCGUACCCAGACAUUCCGGGUUAUGGUGGCGGUGAAGACCAAUACGGCCGGGAAGUAUGGUCAGAUAUGUGGUCUAAUCCUGGUUACUAUUUCCCUGAGCCCAUGGAUUAUCUGAUAUGGAAGGAUUUGGUGGAUGAUCUCGCAGGAAAGUGAAGCUCUACUUCGUUUCACAGAGCCGACAGCUGUCUUCGAUACUGAAAGGGAUUGUUUUGCGGAGACCUCGGGAUACUGAUAAUAUUUCUUCUGCCAAAGGACACUUUCACUCAAGUACAACAGGAGCCUCUUGUGCAAUCGGAUUUA